AUGUUACAAUUACAAAAUACAAACCUUUCCAACUUCUUUACACUACAGGUUUUCGAAUCUACUUGUGACGUAGACAUCACUUAUUUCUCUUUUGACAGUCAAGAAUGCGAACUGAAAUUUAUCGCCUGGAGUUAUUCUAAGGCGGAGGUGGAGUUAAACAAAGGCGCUAGGGGCGUUAUCCUGGUGGAGUACUCUCCGAACGCUGUAUGGAAUAUUGAUUCCACAUCAGCGCUUGAAAGAAACACUGGUGAAUCAUCUGUCACAUUCACUAUCAAACUGAAGAGAAAACCGGGAUUUUACGUCAUAAAUAUAAUUAUUCCAGUUAUUCUUCUUUCGGUUCUGAACAUAUUAACAGGCGAGAGGGUGUCAUAUGCAGUGACCGUCUUUUUGUCUCUGGCUGUCUUCCUGACGAUCGUUUCAGAAGAACUUCCAACAAACUCAGACGUCAUUUCCAUUUUAUCAUUAUAUCUGACGGCGAUGAUAACGCUCAGUACAGUAAUUGUCUUGAUUUGUAUUUUAGAGUUACGUCUAGCUACACGCACUGUGGAGGAAUAUCCAAUUAACAAACUUUUUAUGACAGUUUACAAGGUCUCUUUGUUCUUACAGUGUAGGAAGAGGAAAGAUCAAAUCAAACCUGCCAAAAUGUCUGAAACAAAUUCGAAAAAGAAACUAAAGAAAGAAGAUGAGUUCAAUCCAGACAGAAAAAAGUUUCAAGAAACAUGGAUGAAAAUUGUAAGCGCCAUGGGCUACCUGUUGUUUUGGAUUUUUCUGUUGCUGACGUUCAUACUGACACUUGUGUUAUUUCUGAUUUGUGCAAAUAACUAA